GAAAAAAAUCAAAUUCUGCACCAUUCCAACAAGUUGCUGCUGCUGGUCAAAACAAAUAGCCAGCGCACCACAGAAAGUUGCGACCCAGCAACAACAGCAACAACAACAACGACAACCAAGCAAACGGCAUUCUUUCGCGCAACAACAAAAAAAAGCAGUUGCCAAAGAGAGGACAGCACUAAUACGAAUACAAAACACACAAGCAUAAAACGGCAGCUCUCUCGCUCUCUAUUUCUUUCGCUCACACACAUACGCGCUUUUGCAGCUCUCGUGUCGUGUGUGUUUGUGUGUGUGUGUAACAACAAUUUUGAUUAAAUCGUAUUUGUGCCGCGCUCGCCAACUUCAAACUCCCUGCCUCUCUCUCUCGCUCUCUCGCCCACACAAUCGCCACUGUGUGUGAGAGAGAGAGAGCCGUGAGCCGCUGGAAUGCGGCCCGUCGUUGACGUCGUCGUCGCCGUUGACUGCGCAGUCGCAGCGUGUUAGUGUGUUUUUUUUGACGAAGAGGUCAGCAAAAGUUUUCGGGCAACGACAAUUCACAAACAACAAUACAGUUUACUGUUAUUUGAACGUCGCGCAAAAAGCAAAACAAAGAAAGUUCCUCUCUCUCUGUGUCGCUCUCUCUGCCUCGCUUAAUUUCGACAUUUGUGCAUAGAAAAAAUCGCAAGCGACUCAAUUUUUGGAUUACGCGCUUGAGGCGCCCCCCUCCCUACCCCCCUUGGCCCAUCCUCAACCUCAACGCAACAACAAAAAUGCCGACAACUGCAGCGGCCUUCGUCGGCAGUCGACAGUAAGCAGCAGCAGCAACGUAUUUCGAGAGCGCGCGCUGUAUACGGAAAAUGAUGCAGCAUGCGAGCAUUUUGCACCGUCAGCGCGCCCCUGGAAGUAUGCGCGUCCUCAGCCGAGCAGCUGUCACCCGGCUCCCGAUUUCUGGCACUGAGACUUCUGGGCCAACAGCAGCCGAAAACCCUUUACUUCCUAGUCGAUGCAAAGAGUCGCGUGCGAGAGGUUUAUACGCAGACAUGUCUGCACUUUGCCACACAGGGUAUGCAGGAUACCGAACUCUUUGGUCUGGCCGUGCUCAUAGAUGGCGAGUACAUGUUUGCAGAUCCCGAGAGCAAGCUCUCCAAAUACGGCCCGAAGAGCUGGCGAUCCUCCCACACACACGGCCUGGAUGCCAAUGGACGUCCUCUCCUGGAGCUACACUUUCGCGUGCAGUUCUACAUCGAGAGUCCGUUCAUGCUGAAAGAUGAGACGUCGAGGCACAACUAUUACCUGCAGCUGCGCCACAAUGUGCUGCAACGCGAGCUGCCCACCGUUCAUGCCGAUCAGGCGCUUGUCCUGCUCGCCGGCCUGGCGCUCCAAGCGGAAGUGGGUGAUGCGCCCACAACAGCAGGAGGAGGAGCAGCAGCAGCAGCAGGUGUAGCAGCAACCACAAUUCCCAGCUUGACCAAUCAAAAGGAGGAGGAACAGCAGCAUCAGCAGAGAUUGGGAGCGGGUCGAGCGACGACAACGUUGCCCAAGAUACGCAAACGAUUGAGCAGCUACAAUGAGCGUAUGCUUCGUCUCUCCACCUAUGUGAACUCCACCAAGCGGGAAGUAGAUACAGCUCCAGUUCCAACAUCCACACACGCUUCCGCUCCCCCAGUCACCAGCAGCAUCCCCACAGAUUAUUUUCGCUUGGAGGAGUAUCUGCCAGCGAAUCUAAACACAGCGAGGGCAAAGAGCGCAUUGCAUGCCUGCCAUCGGGAACAUUUGGGAUUGUCAGCGGCUGAGGCGGAACUCCUUUACAUAGAGCAGGCCUGCAAUCUGCAUGAAGCCAUCAAUGCACACACCUUUCGCAUGCGGCUGGCCAAGAGUGAAGUGGGCGUCGGCAGCGCCUGGUUUGUCAUCUAUGCCAAGGGCAUUAAAAUAUUGGGUGGUGCUGCCGGCAGCGAACCCACCACCUUCCUGUGGCCCAACAUCACCAAGCUCUCGUUUGAGCGCAAGAAAUUCGAGAUACGUUCGGGUGAGAGUCGGAUUACCCUUUACGCGGGCUCUGACGAGAAGAACAAGCUGCUGCUAACACUCUGCAAGGAUACGCAUCAGUGGAGCAUGAAGUUAGCGGCACGCCUCAAGGAGGUCAGCAAACGUGAGGAGGAGGAAGCGGAAUCCCAGUGUCUGCAUGCCAGCUACGCCUGUUCGCGGAGUCUGCUGCUGCCGUACAAGAGUAAGAAUGAGCAACGCAUCUCGGUCAUCUCGAGCACCAGUUCGAACACCACAUCGGGCAUUGUCAGCGAUCGUGUGCACUCCGAGGAUGAGCUGGAGAUUAUGAUAAACACACCACCAGCACCGCUGGCAGCACCCUCAACCGAGAGCCUGGCGCUGGCUCAUCUGCUGGACAGGCCCAGCGUGAGCAGGCAGACCUCAUCGGUAGGUCAGAUGUCGCACAAGGAUCUGGAGGAGCAGCUGGCCGCCUUGAGCGUCAGUGUGCGUGUGAACGAAGCGCCGACCCCAAAUCAACGCAAUCCAUCGAGUAAUCCAGCAAGCAGUGCCAAUGAUUCGUCCACAACGACAACGGAUUCACCUAGUUCACAGCAUAACAUUGGCUCGCAAUGCUCGUCGACGUGCAGCACGGUGGUGGUAACUUCACCGGCACUACCCGCUGCUGUGCACUCCACCUCGUCCAGCCUGGAACUGGGCUUUAGUCAUACCGCUCAGAAUUCCACUCUAAGCGAAUCAAAUACCGAUGAUUUCCUAGCACCCGAAACGGAGAGCGUCUCGGGCGCUUCCGGUGUGUACACACUGGCGGACGGCAUGGCACCACCCACCGAAACGAGUGGUGUUUACACGAUGCACAGCAGCGAGCUCACGGGUCAAUCCUCGGAGCUCGCUGAGUCCGAGAAGAGCUCUCACUACGGCAUUUUUCAGCCCACCAAAAGCGAACCCAGUGACUCUGUGGAUGGUGGUGGUGCUAGUGGUGCUGGUGUUGGCAUUGGAGCUGGAGCUGGCAAAAAGUGUUCGGACGUGUUUCGUCUACGUUCCGAUUCCAACAUCAGCACAAGCAGCUCCUUUCGCGGCGAUGGCAGCGAUCCCACAGACAACAAGCACACGCUUCUCUCUGCCGAGGAGCUGACCAAUCUGAUUGUGGGUCGCGGCACUUAUCCCAGUCGCCAAAUAGUUUCCAGCACGCUGCACUCCGAUUGCGACUAUGUGACGCUGCCGGGCGGUGCGAAUGUGGAGCAAAUGCAGCCGCCAGUUUUGCCGCCGGCACCACCGCCGUAUAGUGCACGACACGAGAAGACGGGGCUGUGUGGUCCGCCUGUGGUGCCACCACCGCCAGUGCCACCCAUGCCCAAGGUAGUAAUACUGCCCAAGGCCGAGCCACCGCCACCAGCAAAACCGGCACCACUGCCACCACCCAUUGCAGCAGUUGCAGUACCAAUUGUCGUCGCACCACCACCACCACCACCGCCUUCAGCGGCACUGCGUCGUCGUGAUCCGCCGCCGUAUCCUACCUCGAUGAAGCCACGACCCACAUCGCUCAUUUCGGUCGCCUCGUCUGCACCACCAGCGCCCAGUGCAGCCGGCUCCAUGAGCUCCCUGAAGUCCGAGGAGGUCACGGCGCGUUUUAUUACCACCCGACCGCAGAUUAGCAUAUUGAAGGCGCACACCAGUCUGCUGCCGGAUGGUGCCAAGCCCAGUUAUGCCGCGCCCACCCACUAUUCCUCGGCCGCAUCCUCGAGUGGUUCGGUGUGCAGUCACCAGCUUUCGCAGCAAUCCCUACACAAUUCCAAUUAUGCUGGCUCACAGGCUUCGCUGCACCAUCACCAUCACCAGCAGCAGCAGCAGCAGCACCAGCCGCACCACCACCAACAGCAGCAGCAGUCGCACCACCAGCAGCAGCAGCAGCAGCCGCACCACCAUCAUCAUCAUCAUGCUGCACACCAACAUCAUCAACAUCGACAUUCGGGCUCUGCUGCCAUCGGCAUACCCAUAGUUCCUUAUGGCCUGCAUCACAAGAGCACCGCCUCGCUGCACCACCAACAGGCGACACAUCAGCAGCAGGCAUGUGUCUUGCUGCCGGUGAUUAAGCCACGACAGUUUCUGCCACCACCACCGCCCAGUUUGCCACGACAACCGCCACCUCCACCACCGACAACGCAUCCACAUCUCGCCGGUCUCUACAGCAGUCAGCUGGCGGCUCGGAAUCAACUGGAGCUGUAUCAGCAGCAGAUGUACAGCGAUGUCGACUAUGUCAUCUAUCCCAUACAGGAUCCGGCUGUCAGCCAGCAGGAGUAUCUGGAUGCCAAGCAGAGUUCACUUCUCGCAGCCAUGGCCCAGGCCCAGGCACAGGUUCAAUCGCAGGCGUCAGCACCACCCUAUCUGGCGUAUCCCGCCGGCUGGGAUACGUGCAAGGGACACGCCAUCUAUCGGAGCACACCGUAUCUGCCGCUGGCCUUGUCGACCCAUUCGCGCUAUGCAUCCACGCAGAAUCUAUCGGAUACGUAUGUACAGUUGCCCGGAGCUGGAUACUCGCCGCUGUACUCCCCCUCGAUGGUUAGUUUGUGCAGCUCGUAUGAGCCACCACCGCCGCCACCACUGCAUCCGGCGGCUCUAGCAGCGGCUGCUGCGGCAAACGCUUCCAGCCUCUUUGCACGAUCGCGAUCAGACGAUAAUAUUCUGAAUUCGCUCGACUCGAUGCCGAUGCCAAAAGUGAAGCGUCUGCCGCCACCGCCGCCGCCGCCCUACGUCAAUCGGCUCAAGAAGCCACCAAUGCCAGUGCCCAGCGAACAGCCGCCGCCGAUACCCUCGAAGCCAAAUCCCAAUCCCAGUUUGAGCAUACUGCCGCCACGGAAACCGCUCACCCUGAAUCCACACCAGUCGAACAGUCCGCUGAUAAAGACGUCCAGCGGGGCCCAGUGGGCAGGGGAGCGACCUCGACCCGAUCUUGGACUCGGACUGAAUCGUGGUAACAGCAACAGCAUCCUGGCACAACUGCAAGCUUCCAUUGCCGCGAACAGUCAAGCGCAGGCAACGAAUGCACCACAGAAUCCACUGGACAUUGCGCUGUUGCGUGAGAAGAGCAAACAUUUGGAUUUGCCGCUCAUCUCUGCGCUCUGCAACGAUCGAUCGCUGCUCAAGCAGACAAAGGUCAUAGUCAAUCCCAAGAAUGCAAGUGCAGCAGUAGCAGCAGCAACUGUAGCAACAACAACAAUGCCUAUUGCAGCUGUCGCUACAACUUCGUCGAGUAGUGGCGGUGGUCACCACAGUGCCAGCAAAUCCCUGUCACAAACGCCGCCCACAAAUGGGAAUACGGCCACGCCCACGGGCACACUGAGCAAGAGCCGAAAGAGCUCAGCAAUUAGCCACCGUCAUCCGCAGGACAAACUGCCGCCGCUGCCCAUGCAGCUGGCGGAGGCCAACAACUAUGUCAUGGAUCCAGCGGUGGUCAUCAAGCACCACAAAAGCUACAACAACUCGCAGUCACAAAACCAAACGCAAUCGCAGACCUAAGCGCAAAAAAAAAAUAACAGCAAAAAACAUUUAAGGCAGCCACUCAAUUCUCUAGUUACAAAUUGAUGAUGUUUAUGUGAAUGAGUAAAAUGCGAAAUGUGGUUGAUGGUGCUGGUGCUGGUGUUGGUGGUUGGUGGUUGGUGGGUCAAAAUUAGAAUUUGCAUAGUGCGCGGAAUCGUGUGUCGAUCACAGUGUGUUUUUGCGGCCGGUUUGUAGAUGCAGAACAUCAAACAGUUCAAACAGGCGACGAGCUUCUACAACGAAAAGACAACAAAACUUGCAUGCAAAAAAAGCAACAAAAAAGACAGUCAAAACAUUUACGGACAAGAGAAGAAACAACAAAUGAAAAUAUAGAAAAACAAAACGAACCUCAAAUACGCAAAUACGCAUUCAAAUAGCACACAAACAGAGAACCCAGUCUAGUCAAUUUAGGUAUGGGGAUUGCUAAGAGAAAACUCAAACUACAAAUGACAAAAGAGAAACAUACAAAUAUAGAAAGAAAGAAAAAAAACAGGUAACAGGAAUCUAGAGAGACAAAACAAACAAACAAUCAAAAACAAAAAUGAAAUGGAAGCAACAAUACUCAAGUAUAAAAUACGAACUACUUAAUUUACUAAACUAAACUAAACUAAAAACAAAAACAAAAAACAUACAAAAAACUUAGACUAGAUUAGCUAGUGGCUGACUCUCGUUAUCUGAGAGCUGCUUAACACUAAGGUAGGCCCAGAUGCGAAUUACUUAAACUACAAAUAAAAAUGAGAACUAAAAACGCUGAGAGAACUAACUACUUCCGCCCAAAACAACUGUGAUUGAUUUUUUUUAUUUAAAACUUAACUUACUUUACAAACACUAAUUACAACAUAGUCAACAAUAAAAAAAAACGAAAGAAAAACGCACAAAAAAAACUAAACUAUGCAAAUUUUUAGUACGUAAAACAAACUCGCAUUAAGAGAGCGCCCCCACACCCACACACACACACACGCACACACACUCACUUAAACAUCUGACCCCAGAAGCAUAUACUCACAAAAGAAAACGGAUCAGAAACGCAGGCAAACCAAUCAACGUGCAGCAGUCGAUGAAAGAGAGCGAGCAGGCAAGCAAGCAAGCAAUUUGCUCUCUCUUUGGAGCGUAAAGCUCUCUGAAGAGAGCGCCGAUGCAUUUGCGGCUAUUCUCUCUUUGCUCAGCUGCUUCAUUUGCGAUUGUUUUUGUAUUUUGUUGUGUCGCCUGUCGUUGAACUAAAGAAUUUUAUAUUGUAUCGAGUGCGCGCCCUCGGAAUGCCAUUUAUAAUAAUUUGCCUAGGCCUUGCCCCACCGUUUGUUUAAUUUUUGUUUUUAUAAUUUUCAAUUUUUGAAUUUAGCGAGUGAGCGUUGACGCUUCUGUUUAUUAUUUUAUGUUUUCUAUUUUUUAUUUUGAUUAUGAUUUCGAGUUUUUAAGUUGAUGAUUCUGAUGCAUUAUUCAUUAUUCAUAUUAUGUUUACACUAUUAACCCCUGUGUGUGCACUGUGCGAGUUUGUGUGCUUUUGUUUUUGUGUGUGUUUUUUAUUUAGCCGACUGCUGUCACAAAUAUUUGCGUAGGUUUUUCUCGUCUAAAAGCCUAUGGCUAAAUGAUAAAAAGUGACACAGUUCUGAAACAACAGACACACACACACAUACACACACGCUCGCACAUAGCAGACACUCACACAACUAUUGCAGCUAUAUGUUAUCAAAAUCGGCCAUAUAGUAUAGAGCUAUAGCAAAAAAAAAAAAAAAAAAAUUGAAAAAAAAUCGCAUAGCCCCAAUAAAGUUUUUCUUAUGGGGCCUAUUGUCUAUAUCCUGGCAACUGGUUGCAACCAGCUGCCAAAAUAGAAUAAACUAUCUAUACGUGUAUGUACUAUAUACUAUAUAUAUAUAUAUACAUAUAUAUAAAAAGAGUAAUAAAAAU